AUGGAACCCUCCAGCGAUGAUUUGCCCGCGACCAAACCCACCACACCGGAGCUGACAGCUUCUCCUGAACACAUACAACACACCUCCUCACUGGAACGCCCCAAUCAUACAGCAGGCCUGCUGAAGGGAUGUCUCGAUUCAGCUCUUGAAUUCUUAUCGACUUCUAGCAAUGAAAGGCUCCUCGGCGUAUUGGGGUUACUUGUCAUCGGAACCUAUAUAAUCUUGGGACGACUUGGGCUUUUGUUGAUCGGUGCAGCGCUAGGAGCCAUUCUACAUGCAUCUUGGGAAGGACCGGCUCAUUCAAACAACAACGACAUACUAUCAGCGCCGAAGAAGCGGCGCGAACUCGCCCUGGAGGUUUCCAAAAGAUUGCUAGACUGGCCCCUCCGCACGAUUUCUGCUACCCGUGAUGAGGGAACUGAUGGUAAUAUUGUCGCACCACCGGAAGAUCUCUCAACCUCAGAUCUCGAAUACGGAACUUUUCGACCAGCAACUGCCGCUGCAUUGAGAGUGCUGACUGAUGCGGUCGUGAAGGACUAUGUGAAAUACUGGUAUGAGCCGAUUCUCCCAGGAGAAACAGUGUUUCCCGGAUCCUGUCGACGAACCUUGACCCAUUUCGUAACGACCAUUUCGUCUCACCUGUCUCGUAAACGGACCGAAGAGACAUUCCUACAAUUUCUCACGAACUCAUCCUCAAUAAUUAUUGUUUUCCUGAACGAACUUUCCGCUGCAUUCUCUGCGGCUGGGUCCUCGCCAGUGGAAGCCCAAAAGAUUGUAGAGCAAUACCUUGAAAAUGCACCGGAUAGCAGCCUGGCCAAUGUGUUGUCCAAGGAGCAACAGCGGAAAAAGCUGAACAUGAUAGCAGAUGAUAUCCUGUCGAAUUACCUCGACCCUAAAGCAUACCGGUGCUCUCCCGUCAGGGAUUUUCUUCGGGAGAUAUUCGCUCGAGUUGUACUGGAGUCAACGGUGAUCAGUCUUUCUCGCCCCGAGUUCAUAAACGAUUGGAUCAUCUACCUACUCCAGGGUGGCGAAUCUGAGAUCAUGCAUGCAAUCGAUGCUGGCGUCGAAGGUGCACGGAACCAGGGCGUCAAUUCCUCCAGGAUCUCAGAAGAUGCAAAGAGGGUACUCUCCGAGCCGCCUAACGACAAAGCUCUAUCACAGGCUCUUGAAAGCCCACCAGAUCAGAGAGAUAUGGCAACAGAGGAGGCCAUGCGAGAGGCAAAACGUCUGAGCGCUAUGAUUGCUUCGCAGGAUAUGCAGGGCACAGCUUCGAAACCCCGGGUCCAAAGCAACCAUGAUGAAGACAUACCACUUUCCCGUGUCAAUGAUGCUGUCAGCUCGUUGCCACAAUCUGCAACUGAUACCCAAGUGAGCAGUGGUCAAGUAGACACAGCCAAUUUACCCCGAGACGAAGCCCCGCCCCCACCUGUGAGCCUCCAUGGAGCUCAGGUAAUGGUAGACGAUGAUGCGGCCGGGAGAGAGAAGGGGAUUAUCAAAUCGAAACCAACAUGGGACUAUUUGGUUCAGGUUGAACCAACCUCCACUCGUUCCACCGGAUGGAUGGUGUUCCGGAAAUACAGUGACUUUCAGUCUUUGCAUGAAAUGCUAGAGACUGUAGCUCGACUGAACGGAAUACAGGGCUUCUCCGAGCAAUUUUCCACUCUACCUGCUUGGAAAGGUAAGACUAGGCACCACCUGUCUCGGGAUUUGGAGCGAUAUUUGCAGGAAGCUACGAAGCAUGAGUCUCUUACCGAAACCGAUCGAAUGCGCCGAUUUUUGGAAAAGGAAAGUGGCAUCAACGAAACAGGAGUGACCAAAACUGGAUAUUCUUUCCCAAGCCAAACUACGUUCGAGAAUAUGAGCAAGGGUGUAUUGGGAGCGCUGACCAACGCUCCCAAAGGGGUGGCUGGGGGUGGCAAAGCAGUCCUUGAUGGCGUGACAGGGGUCUUUGGGGUGACUGGCCAUGGCAGAAAGCCAAGCACCACUUCCAACCGACAGCCUGUGCCCCAUAGAAGUGCCCCAGGGGCUGACCAUGCUCCUACCGUUCCCGCAGAUGCUACCAAUGAUCAUUCUGCCUUGAGAAAUAGCGAGGGAGAGGAAUCUUCCUUAUCUAUGUCGUCGCCAAAUCCCUCGUCGGAAAUGUCUGGAGAGGAGAGCCUUCGGUUGUCUUCCAGUGAUAUCCACCAUGACGUUAGGCUCACUGCUGAUGAACAGGACGUGUGGACCAUGGAGUCGAAUAGUCACGUCGAGGGGGUGCAAAGUAAAGAAGUCCCUGGCACGAUACCUGCCCCGCUUCCGAAUCACACGAGGACGAGCAGUGAUUUGAAAAUCAUUUCGCAAAACACGCGUCGACAGCCAAAGCCUAUCACUGAGGAUGAGACUCAGAUUGCAGUCGAGUUGAUAUUUGCGGUUAUCAAUGAGCUGUAUACACUGUCCUCGGCGUGGAAUAUCCGACGCACCCUGUUAAAUGCGGCCAGGUCCUAUAUCCUACGGCCAGGUAGCCCAACCCUUGAAACGAUUCGUACCCUGCUGCAGGAUUCCAUGAUUGAAAGCCACACAUCUGACGAUGCGAUUGGCGAGUACCUAAAGAAACUUCGUGAGAACGCUCUCCCGACAGAAGAAGAAUUCAAGGCUUGGCCCCCACCACCCACUGAGGAAGAGAAAGAGCAGGUACGGGAUAAGGCACGUCGGCUAUUUGUUCAGCGAGGAAUCCCACAGGCGCUUACCAGUGUCAUGGGGGCUGCUGCUAGCCGGGAAGCUCUGGAGAAAAUUUUCGAUAGUCUCCAGGUCGAAAGUGUGGCACAGGGAUUUGUCUUCUCAGUUCUUUUACAAGGCUUACGGGUCUUGGCAUUAUGA